UUCAAGCCAAUAUAUCUCAAAGUCGUCGCUUGAGCUAAACCCGUCCUGUUCUGAUCCUUCAUCUAUUCACCGAAUUUCUCGAAUCAGGGAGAGUGUGUCGCCGAAAUCACUCUGGAUUAUUUUUGUGGUAGUGAUACACAAGGUAUAGCCAUUUAAAGAACCUACGGAAAUUGUUCACUAGUUGGACUUAAGAUUUUAAAAACAUGACAAACCCGGAAGGGUACAAGUUUACCCUCCCAGAUGGGAGAUAUGCUGAUGGAACGUGGGAUCUCAUCAUCUAUAUCACCAAUCUGGAGACGGAGGUCACCAUUACUGGUAUUGAAGGAAAUCUGUCGAUUGGAGAUUUAAUGCUGAAGACAGUUCAGGCUGCUGGUGUGCAGAUCGACUGGUCAGACCACAUGGUGUGGUGGGAAGAGAAGAAGAUAUGGUUGCAUAAGACCAGAUUGACCCUUAAUAACUAUCGUGUCCAAGCUGGUACCAAGCUUCACUUCACCCCCUGCCAUAAGACCCUCAGACUACAGCUACCUGAUAUGCAACUCGUUGACCGAAGGGUCGACUUCUCCAAGAAUGUCGUCUUUGCUGUUCAAGAAGUCUGCAAUGAGUUAGGUAUCAAUCAUGCUGAAGAACUGUCAAUGCUUCGCAAACCAGAGAAGGGUUCCAAGCAAAAUGGAAAGUCGACUGGAACAGGAACAGGACGUAAGAAGAAACAGCGUGGAGACCGUGAUUCGAUGGCAUCUAGCAACAGCAACGAGGCAGCAUCAAUAGGAAGCCUGGAUGGUAUCGGACCUGCAACCCCAACAAGGAAACCUUCUCCAGGAAACUACAGGACACCAGGACAGAAUGGGAAUCCUGGCUACAGCUCUGGAUCUAACUACUCUGGGAGCAUUGAGAACUUGAAUACAUCGCUGGUCAACAGUCCACAGAGGCCUAGUAGGGAGGCAUUUGACGGUCUCAUCAGACCUACAUCUUACAGAGAUAAGGCUUCUAUGAAUGCAGGAUGGCUUGACUCUAACAAAUCAUUGAUGGAGCAAGAUGUGCGAGAGAAUGAUACCCUGAUGCUGCGCUUUAAGUACUACGUGUUCUACAAUCUUCCUCAGCCUGGUAGCUCUGACAUCAAACAUGUGAGAGCAGACUCAGUGAGGAUAAACCAGAUCUAUGAACAAGCUAAAUGGUCUAUCCUUCGAGAAGAGGUCGAAUGUACACAUGAAGAAAUGAUGAUGUUUGCUGCUCUACAGUUACAAGUUAGCAUGCAAUCCCAGAAGCCUCAGCAGGAAGUAGAUGGUCCGUCAGAUGGUCAGGAUGACAUUGAUAAAGCUCUUACAAAUCUUCAAGUCUCAUUAGAGGGACAGACUGUAUCUCCAGGACAUACGGACAUCACUUCAGUACCAGAACUUUCAGGAGUAUUGAGGUAUCUGAAGCCCAAGAAGUUCACAUUGAAGGGUUAUAAGAAGGCGUGGUUUGUGUUCCGUGACCUGCACCUGUCAUCUUAUAAGAAUGAAGAAGAGAGUAAUGGACAAGCUAUCCAGAGAAUCAAUCUCAAAGGUUGUGAAGCUUCUCCUGAUGUGAGCAUAGCAGCUGAGAAGUUCUGUAUCAAACUACUCUCAGUAUCACCAGAAGGAACACAAGAACUUAUCUUGAGAUGUGAUUCCGAGGAUCAGUAUGCCAAGUGGAUGGCAGCAUGUAGACUGGCAUCCAAGGGUAAAUCAAUGGCUGAUAGUACAUACUCAUUAGAAGUAGAAGAAAUCAAAGCUUUCCUGAGCAUGCAACAGAGUAAGAAGGACAGUAACAACCCUAUCAUACCCACUGAUAUGCCUGAACUCAAGCCAGAGAACUUUGUCAGCCCUAGAGCACUCAAGAAAUACAAAGCCAAAGAGAUUGCCAGGAGUAUCCUAGAUGCCCAUUCAGGACUACAAACCUUGUCACUCAUUGAUGCUAAACUGAACUACAUCAAGGCAUGGCAAGCACUCCCAGAGUAUGGCAUCACCUUCUUUGUAGUACGCACACAUGGCACUAGGAAAGAUGAGCUGCUUGGCUUGGCUUAUAACCGCAUGAUCAAGAUGGACAUCAACACAGGUGAUCUUCAGAAGACAUGGCGUUACAGCACAAUGACUCACUGGAACGUGAACUGGGAGACAAGAGAACUGAUCAUUGGUAUGGAGGAUGAACAGAUUCAGAUGGCUUGUCUUACCUGCGAUUGUAAGAUCGUCCAUGAGUACAUUGGUGGAUCUAUCUUCUUGGCGCUACGCAAGCAAGAUAAGAACCAGGUGCUUGACAUGGACAUGUUCAUGAAGCUAACGGGAGGUUCAGAGUCCGGCGUUCUCGAGUAAACAUUUAGAGUUCCUCUUCUCUUCAAGGGAGAGAGAAUGAAUGGUGGUAGUGGACUUUGAGAUAUGUGGCCGGAAGGGAAGGAGAAGGGAUAAGGUAAUGCUUCAUGAUGCAUCACGUAUACACACACACAUCCUUGGUAAUAUCAAGUGAAAAAGAAUUGGGCCUUUAAUUAAAUUCGAGCAUGUGCAUAAAGUAUCUCAACACAAUGGAAUGUUUGUAUGAGUAGGAUUGAUACAUUCUUGGUUGAAGGAUGGGUAUGGAAAAUGGCUUUGAUGCGAGUCUGGCAAAGACUUCCAUUACCAGGCAGACAAGUAAUACAUGCAAAUUGCUAAUCUGAAAGAUUUUAAAGUGACAUUGGUAGAAUGUAUAGAGAUGAAGCAAUAUCUUUUCCACUUGGUUGCUCAGUCUCUUCCUUGGCUUCCCACCUUCAUAACACUGCCAGCGAUACCCUAGCAGCUUCCAUCCGUGGUGAUAUAUCAUCAUUGUUUGGUCAGUCAGUCCUGUGGUCAGUGCUGUGGUCAGUCCUUGCCUACUGCUGUCAUAGAUGAUGGACUUGUCUGAUUAGCAAGGAGCCGGUUGUAUGGAGGCGACUAUGAUGAAUCAUAACCAAGCUCUAAGAUGGAUGCUAAUGGCUUAGUGGAAGGAGGAAGUCAAUACUGGUGCCCAGCUGUUUGUUUCUUAACGAUUCAGCAAUCCUUCUUUUUUGUAAACCUCUUUGCAAUAACUGUAAUUAUGCUUAGGAGGUAAUUGAAUUGGAAUGCUUGAUGACUUUGAUAAUGAAGACAACAUUUUUUAUAAAUAUAUAUUUUCUUGGAAUUUUUGUCAAAUGGAUGUUUUACUUUGUCAUGUAGAAUUCUCAUGUAUUGAUUAACGGUUUUAUAUACAUUUCCCCUUUUCUUCUUAGGCUUUUAGUCAGUGUGUAAACGGCCAACACAUUUUUACUGAAAAUUUGCUCACUAAUUUCAUGAUGGCUCUCAAUUUUUAUGUAAAUAGAUAUAUCUGUAUAUAUAUAUAAUGAACUUUAUAUCCUUACAAUCAAGUCUCUCAACUUUUCAUUUUCUCUAGGUGAUGCAUUAAGUGUUUUAUUUAUUGUGCGAUACCCACCCCAUCCCUUGAGUUUAAGGCAACUGAUUGCAACAGAGUGAUAAAUGCUCCUGCAUGCUGCUUUUGAUACCUAUCCUAUGUUGUCAAUAUCAUCAUCAUUAUCAUCAUCAUGCAUUUACUUUGAAGUUUAUUGCUUAGGCACCCUGUAAGAUUACACCAAGUAAUGGCACCUCACUAGCUUUGACCCAAUCAUAUUGUAUUGAAUAUAUUUUCAUAAAUGUGAUUCUCAUUGAUAAUAUUGAAGGUCAUGUAUCCUUGUCUGCAAGUGUAUAUAAUUGUACAUAGGUAAGUAAUGUCUAUACAUGUAUGUAUUAUUCUGUAUAAGUCCAAUGAUAUACCUUUUUACAAAGUGAGCAUGUAUGUACACUAUGGAAAUACACACCUGAAAAUUGUAUUUACAAGAAUUUCUAUGCCUGCUCUGUAUACAGAAUAUAUGAACACGAUGUAUGCACAUAACGAGAUACCCACAUCUUUUUUCUUUUUUAUUCAGAGUAUUUACUAGUGAAUACAUGUAAUGUAUAUCCUUCGUUAUUUAUAUAUGAUUAGCGAUGUUUAAUGCAGUUGUGAUAAACCAUGUUGAUCUGCCAUGUUUGGUCCUCUGAAUAAAAUGUUCCACAAUCAAUAAAUACUUUAUAAAACCUGGUCAUUGUGCCAAUAUAUUCAUAUACUUACUCUUCCUAUUCUACACUCAAACACAUAAAUCACCAACCUGCUGAAAAGUAUUACACUUCAUCACUAUUCCUCUAUGUUCACAGCUGGCUAUAAUGCUGGAUUCUAUCCAUAAUGAACCCAAUGAUGUAAGAAUAUUGAUAACGUUUCCCUUUAUUUGUGAUGAAUUCUCAUCAUAACUCUUCUCAUGCACCAUUUGUCAUCUUAUUCAGAUAUUCAUCCGUUUAUGAAGUUAGUCAGUAAAACUUAUGUUAUUUUCAGGUAUAUUUUGAGAGGUUUUGUCUGAAGAUAAUCUGAGAGAUGGUGAGAUGGAGAAUCUUGAUUUUCUACUGCCAUGACAUGUAAGCAAAAGUUUAAUAGGAAAGAAAUCAGAUAGGAACCCAGCAAUUAACCUUGCCAAUGACUUUGUGAUUGCUUUUCAAGUUACAAGUCUACACUAUCUACACAAUUUCUUUUUCUCAUAAGAUUGAGGGGGAAUGAAGGGUAAGAAGAAAGAGGAUGUAACCAUUGGUAUGUAGUGUGUAUAGUGGCAGUUUUACUGCAUCAGAUAAUUGCUUCCAUGUAUUUUUGUUUUAAUGAGAUCUAUUUGCUCAAGACAAGUUAUAUUUUUUACCACCAUUAUGUAUUUAUUGACUUCAUUCAACAACAGAUUCCACAUUACGGUAAAUGAGUAUGCUCUUCAUUGUAUUCACAAACUUGGAAGAGUACUAUGUUCUGGCUUUAACGUCAAGGCUCUAUUGUGGUUGGCAGAUCUUGUGUGAGAUUUUUCCCUCAUGUUUUUUAAAUCCAGAUUUGUACCGUUUAGUGUUAUCUGAAUGGUUUAAGUCCGGUUCUUGCACACUAAGGAUUGUGUUUAUAGGAAGGUAUGGAUGAUGUGCCAAAUAAACCUUGCUCACACAUGUCUCCACACAUGGCUUGUUCAGAUCUUUAUAGGAUUAAUUUGUUCUUUUUGAUUGGUGAUUUGAACGAAAUAUUAAGAAACCUGUAAAUUUUUAUAAUGGAGAGCGGAUUUGGUCAAAGUGAACAUUUGCAUGGUGAUGAUUAUUUGUUUUAUUUACUUUUUUGGUGAAACUUUGUUACAUAAUCAAAGUCUUAACCUGAAUGAGGCAAAUUAAAACUGGCUGUAGUAUCUAACUUCUCCACAAAGA